GCAAGGUAAAAAUAUUAAGUACACAUACACACCACCUUGAGAUUGAAAGAAGUUGGGUUGGGCGCGAAAUGCACCGGCAAGCUUUUUCACAUUUCACUUCAUCCGAUUCCAUAUCAAUCCGUGAUUUCAGCAUGGCGAGUUGCUUCAAGCUCGUGCAAAACCCUGAAAAGGGACGGAUUUUGGUGGCUGAUCGGGACAUCCCGACGAGUCAAUUGAUCCUUGAGGAGCCUCCCUGUGCCUUAGGGCCUCAAGUCGACGUCGAUAAAUUGGUUUGCUUAUCGUGCUUCAUCGAAAUCGAUGGACGUUUCCAAUGUUCCCUAUGUUCCAUUCCCAUGUGUUCCAAAGAGUGCGCUUCCGAUUCUAUUCAUCAGACCUUGGAGUGUCAAGUGUUUGGGAAAAUGGGAUUGAUUUUAGAGAACUAUAAACCCUUAAUGCGGUGCGUAUUCACUCUCCGUCUGAUAUCAACCUUGAGAACUACCCGCGAUCCUAACCUGAAGAUGCUCAUCAACGAUUUGAUGGACCACAAUUCGAUCCGCAAACUGGACGUGUCUUCCUGGGAUCACUUCCAAAAAAGUGUGACCAACUUUAUACUGGACAAUCUGGGGCUGACCAAGUUCACAUCUCGUGAGGAGAUCAAUCGCCUGAUCGGGAUCAUGCGAACCAACGGGAUCCAGACCAAAAGUCGCAAUGGACACACCCAGUUGGUCCUGCUGUAUCCACAAAUGGCCAUUUUAUCACAUUCGUGCAUUUGCAAUGCCCGCUGCGUCAAGAAGUUGUCCACCUUUAACCACAUUGAGAUCUACGCCCAACAACACAUCCCUAAAGGUGAAGAAAUUACCAUUCAAUACACCUCCCUGAUGAAUUCCACGCGAUCCCGGCGACAGAACAUCAAGCAAAGUUGGUGCUUCGAUUGCCAUUGCCCGCGGUGUUGUGAUCCCAGCGAAUUGGGAUCCGAAUUGGGCACCCUUCAUUGCCCUGAGUGUAACGACACAGAAGGUUAUUUACGUCUUAUCCACCCACUGGCCUAUGAUAGCGAUUAUGGUUGCCAUAAAUGCCAAUCGAUGAUGAGCCAGAAGACGGUUAUUGAAUUGGAAAAUGACCUCGAAUCCUCCCUUAACAAGCUGAUCCACUUGCGUGGCCAGAAAUAUGUGGAGGCGUUGCUUCAUCAAGCGGAACUUACUAAACGGAGCAAUCAUUUCCAUCCCAAUCAUUACCUUCAAAUGAGACUCCAAUCGGAGCUGAUCUCUCACCUUGGCAACAUUCCAGGAUACUUCUAUUUCGAGCUCUCGGAUGAAAUGGUGCGUCUCAAGCGUGAUUUGUGCCUUCACUUCAUCGAGGUCUUCUCUAAAGUGGAUCCGGGAUUCUCGGAUUGGCGUGGAACCACGCAAUACGAAUUGGCCAACACCGAAGCCACGUUGGCACAACGGAGUUUUGACUCCGGCACGAUUCCUCUGAAAGAGUUCCAAACGAAAUUGGAAGCCAUCAUAACUUUGAACCAAGAGGCUGUCAGUGUGCUGGAGGUCGAGGAUGAGGAAUCCCACGCUUUUGAGAUUGGAUUGCGUGCCCGAAAGAAUGUACGGGAUUUGAAAGAUAUCGUGCGAUUUUCUGAAUUUUUGUGACCACCAUCUACUUAAUACGACCCCAUUGAAAAAAAAUUAUACACCCCACACACUAA